CCACGCCCAGGCGUGCGCCGAGGCCCAGCCUCCGCGCAGACACCCGCGCCCGUCGGCAAGAGGUCGGGGGCCUGGGCGACUGAACAGGCACCUUCAACUUUUGCACCCAAGUGGAUGAUUUGCCUACAGGCUCCAAGCAGUUCACUAGAGCUCUGUCUCUUCAGCCAAGAAAGCUUAUGAGGCAGCUUUAACUAAAGAUGACUUCCUUGUUUGCUCAAGAAAUUCGCCUUUCUAAAAGAUAUGAAGAAAUAGUAUCACAAAGAUUAAUGUUACUUCAACAAAUGGAGAGUAAAUUUGGAGAGCAAAACAAGGAAAAGACAUCUCAGAUUCAAGCAGCUGAGACUGCUUUUAAAAGGAACCUUAGUCUUUUAAAGGAUAUAGAAGCAGCAGAAAAGUCUCUACAGACCCGAAUUCACCUACCUCCACCGCCUGAGCUCGUUUCUCUUGAGACUCUUUACUGGGCAUCAGUAGAAGAAUAUAUUCCCAAAUGGGAACAGUUUCUUUUAGGAAGAGCACCAUAUCCUAUUGGUGUUGAAAAUCAAAAUGAAGCAGAAAAUACCAUUCAAAACAAGGCACAGCAAUAACUUCUUCACAUACUAUUUAAAAAAAUAUGUUUAGUAAAGCUGAAUGUUAAAAUAUAUGUAGGUCAUUGCAGGAAUUCUAGGAAUCAAAUAUAUUCAUACAGUCCCAUCACCUCCUCAAUGAAAAUAAAGCUAUGAGAAUCUAAUGGCCAGUCUCAGGUUAUCACUUAGAGACCUACUACUACUUCAAGGUCACAAAUUUGCUUUCUAACAAACUAAUGGAAGUGUUAAAAACUAUUAUUGAAAAGUGGACUGUUUAUUAA